CAUGGAAGGAAACAACCGAAGAAGUACGCGACAUGCACACGUCGAGAUGAUCACCGCCGCCGCCGCCGCGGAGCAGCAUCUGCCGGACGACCUGCUCCGGGACAUCCUGCUCCGCCUGCCGCCGCGCAGCGCCACCCGCUGCCUCGCCGUGUGCAAGGGCUGGCGCUCCCUCGUCUCCGACCCGAGCUUCCGCCGCGCCCACGCCGAGCGCCCCGCCGGCAUCGCCGAGGCCGACCACACGUUUUGCCUCCGACAAGACGGCGACUGGACCUUCCAGCAAAGGCUCCGCGAGGUCGUGCUCUUCGACUCGUUCCGCAGCAGAUGGUGCCGCGGCGACGUCCGCAAGGCGCCGCCGCUCGACCUCACGCUGAUCCCCUCGCCCUACGCCCCGGCGGCGACCAUGGUCCUCGGCUCCUGAGACGGCGUGCUCUGCGUCGAGCGCGGCGCUCCUCCGCUCCGGAGACUCCGCUGGCGCUUGUUCGGCUGGCCCGACGACGGAAGCGGGCGCCGGGGCUACGUGCUGUGGCAUCCGUUCGCCAUGGCGUGCGCCACCGUCUCUCCCCCGCCCGGCCGCGGCGUCAUCAUCGGCGCCUACGCCCACCCGGCCACCAUGCGCUUCCACCUCCUGCACGCCGCCGGCGAGGCCGCGUGCCUCGUGGACCCCGGCCUGUACGUCGCGACCGCCUUCCGGCUCCGGCGAGUCGGAGACGGCGCCUGGCGCGAGGUUCCCCUGCCUCAACUGGAAGACGCAGAUGCGCGGCUGAAGAUGCACGGAGCUCGCUCCAUCCGACUGCACGGCAACCUCCACUGGCUAGUGCAGCGGGGCUCCGGCUCCGCCGGGAAACUGCAGGUGCUCGUGUUCGAGCGGGCGCGCGAGAGGUUCCGGCUGAUGGAUGCGCCGCCGCGCCGCCGUGGCGAGGAAGAAGACAUGGCGAGAUCGCGAAUCUGCGUCCUCUCCAGCGGCAAGCUCUGCGCCGUGGCCGUCGCUCGGGCGACGAGCACGAUGGAGAUGUGGGUGCUCGACGACUACCACCACUGCUCCGACGACGCGCGGAUCAGCGGCUGGCGGCUGAUGGAGAGGGUCAGCCUGGUUAUGUGGGACGGGGACGGGCGGCGCGACCUGUCGAGGACGUUCACGUCGGAGACCCAGGUGGAGGCGGUGCACGGCGAGGUGGAGGGCGAGGAGGUGAUCGUCCGCAACGGCGGCGAGGUCGACGCGUACAGCCUCCGGCGCGGAGCGUGGUUGUGGGUGCGCGGCAUCUCCAGCUCGGGUGGUCCUGUACUGGAUGUGGCGCUGCUGGCGCACCGGGACAGCGUCGUACACCACGACGUGAGCUUCGGCGAGGCGUCGCGGCCUCUUCGAUACCCCGACGACAUCCAUGGCCAGCGUUUGUUUGUAUAAUCGCAUAUUCAAUUUGUUUUCGUUAAGGCCCGUUAAAAAUUUUCACCCUGUAAUAUCAAAUGUUUUGAUAUAUACAUGGAGUAUUAAAUUAAAUAUAAAGAAAAAACAACUAAUUACACAGAUUGCUUAUAAAUUGCGAGAUGAAUCUUUUAAGCCUAAUUGUUCCAUGAUAUGACA